CAGCAGCUCUCGGGUCAUUUUCCUCACAUUGGUGAGGAAUUUGUGAAAAUCCGAAUUUAUGAAAACCUUUUCCCACUGACGCUGCUCCUUCACCGUUUUGGUUCCCUUGGGAUUGGCCGGCCAGGCUUGCUGGGAAACCCACCACAGCGUGGAAAUCUGUGUGGAUUUCCCGGAGCCAAAAUUCGGCGUUUCCAUCGAGAUCAGCUAAGGAUUUUUUUUGCAUCCCCCCUCCCUCCCCGGGGCCAUCAGGUGAAGCGGCUUCUGCCUUUACGCUGCCCAUCCGCCAUGGUCACAUAUUCCCCUUUCUCCGGGGUCACCAGCCCACGGAGGGACCCCCCGGCCGCCGUUUCCUGCCCCCUUCAGCGCCUGAGAAAGACAAGAAGAGUUUGUGCACUUUGGAAACUCGAUAGGAGGCAGCAGCUGAUCUUCCCAUCACCAGCCUAAAAAUACUCCACUCCGGGGCUCGGAGCAGCUUCACUAAGUGGAGGAAAAUCCUGCCAUCGGGAUGAUAUUGAUCACAUAGCAGAGCCGAGUGACAGUUUGGGUUGGUAUUUGGGGUUUGUGUUGCCAAAGGAAGCUCCACCUGAGGAGUGUACUUAUACUCUUUUCUUUAUAGUCAUAAAUAUCUUGCAGAGCAUGACGAACAGAGGUAUAAUCCAGAGAAUGGGCCAAACUCUCCAUCAGAUUGUUCUGGACUAUUAGCAGAUGUUUUUUGCUGAAGAUUGAGUGGGUUGUCCAUCAGCUUUUGCAUCACACCUCCAGACCCCGUGGGAGCGAUGAGACUCGCCUUCUGUGGGAACGACAAUGCCUCAGCCUACAACAUCAGUGCUGGGGUGCUGAGAAAUGUCUGCUUUGUGGAUGCCCUCAACUUGGUUCCCCAUGUCUUCCUGCUGUUUAUCACCUUCCCAAUCCUGUUCAUCGGCUGGGGAAGCCAAAGCUCCAAGGUCCAGAUCCACCACAACACCUGGCUGCACUUCCCUGGGCACAACCUGAGGUGGAUCCUGACAUUCACCCUCCUGUUCGUGCACGUGUGCGAAAUCGCAGAGGGAAUCGUUUCUGACACACAAAUGAAAUCUCGCCACCUACAUCUCUUUCUACCAGCUAUAAUGGGAUUUGUGGCUGCCACUGUGUCCAUAGUCUAUUACCAUAAUAUUGAGACAUCAAACUUUCCAAAGUUACUGCUGGCUCUCUUCCUUUACUGGAUCAUGGCCUUUGUCACCAAAACCAUCAAGCUUGUGAGGUACUGCCAGGAUGGUGUCCCUUUCUCUCAGCUGCGUUUCUGCAUCACUGGGAUUAUGGUCAUCCUCUACGGGCUGCUCAUGGCUGUGGAGAUCAACGUCAUCCGAGUCAGGAGGUACGUGUUUUUCAUGAACCCCCAGAAAGUGAAGCCCCCAGAGGACCUGCAGGACCUGGGAGUGAGGUUUCUGCAGCCUUUUGUCAAUUUGCUCUCCAAGGCCACUUACUGGUGGAUGAACACUCUCAUUAUAUCUGCCCACAAGAAACCUGUGGACCUGAAGGCCAUUGGAAAGCUCCCAAUUGCAAUGAGAGCACUGACAAACUACGUCUGUCUCAAAGAAGCGUACGAGGAACAAAAGAAAAAAGUGGAAGACCAGCCCAACAGGAGCCCCUCCAUAUGGCUGGCCAUGUACAGUGCUUUUGGACGACCGAUCCUGCUCAGCAGCACCUUCCGGUACUUGGCUGAUCUGCUGGGCUUUGCUGGGCCACUGUGCAUUUCUGGCAUUGUCCAGGGCUUCCAGAACACAACCAACAACACAAACACCACAGAAAAGGUGAAGGAUCCAUCCAACUCCUAUCUUUCCUCGGAGGAAUUCCUCAGGAACGUUUAUGUUUUGGCAGUCCUUCUCUUCCUGGCCCUCAUCUUGCAGAGGACGUUCCUGCAGGCAUCCUACUACGUGACCACAGAAACCGGCAUCAACCUGCGGGGUGCCUUGCUGGCAAUGAUAUACAAUAAGAUCCUGAGGCUUUCCACGUCCAACUUGUCCAUGGGAGAGAUGACGCUGGGACAGAUCAACAACUUGGUUGCCAUAGAAACAAACCAGCUGAUGUGGUUCUUGUUCCUGUGCCCCAAUCUGUGGGCAAUGCCUGUUCAGAUAAUAAUGGGUGUGAUCCUACUCUACAACUUGCUGGGAGUGAGUGCCUUGGUCGGUGCUGCAGUCAUCGUGCUCUUAGCUCCAAUGCAGUAUUUCAUAGCUACAAAGUUGGCUGAGGCUCAGAAAAGCACCCUUGACUAUUCUACUGAGAGAUUAAAGAAAACCAACGAGAUCCUAAAAGGCAUUAAGCUGUUAAAGCUGUAUGCCUGGGAGCACAUAUUCUGUAAGAGCGUGGAGGAAACGAGGAUGAAGGAACUCACCAGUCUCAAAACCUUUGCACUUCAUACGUCCCUUUCUAUUUUUAUGAAUGCAGCCAUACCAAUAGCAGCUGUUCUUGCAACCUUUGUGACCUAUGCCUACACCAACGACAAGCCCCUGCAGCCUGCCCAGGCCUUCGCAUCCCUGUCCCUGUUCCACAUCCUGGUCACUCCCCUCUUCCUGCUCUCCACCGUGGUUCGGUUUGCAGUCAAGGCUAUCGUAAGUGUCCAGAAGCUGAAUGAGUUUCUCCUGAGUGAUGAGAUUGGAGACGACAGCUGGAGAGGGGGGGACAGCUCUGUACCUUAUGAAUCCUGUAAGAAGCACACAGGACUUCACACCAAGGCCAUCAACAGGAGGCAGCCCUUGAGGUACCAGCUUGAAGGCUAUGAGCAGCCAGCAAGGAAGCAGACACGACCCGUGGAGAUUGAUGACAUUGCCAUCAAGGUGACCAAUGGAUACUUUUCAUGGGGAAGUGGCUUAGCUACGCUGUCCAACAUAAACAUUAGAAUCCCAACAGGUCAGAUGACAAUGAUUGUGGGUCAAGUUGGCUGUGGCAAGUCCUCCCUUCUCCUUGCUAUAUUGGGCGAGAUGCAGACGCUGGAGGGAAAAGUUCACUGGAGCAAUGUAAAUGAAACUGAACCUUCUUUUGAAGCAUCCAGAAGUAGGAACAGAUACUCCGUGGCUUAUGCAGCUCAGAAGCCGUGGCUGCUGAACGCAACCGUGGAGGAGAACAUCAUCUUUGGCAGCCCUUUCAACAAACAGAGGUAUAAGGCUGUUACAGACGCGUGUUCUCUGCAGCCUGACAUCGACUUACUGCCAUUUGGUGAUCAGACAGAAAUUGGAGAACGGGGGAUUAAUUUAAGUGGAGGCCAACGACAGAGAAUCUGUGUUGCUCGAGCCCUCUAUCAGAACACCAACAUUGUCUUCUUGGAUGACCCAUUCUCUGCACUGGACAUUCACUUAAGUGAUCAUUUAAUGCAGGAAGGGAUUUUGAAAUUUCUGCAGGAAGACAAGAGGACUCUUGUUCUGGUGACACAUAAAUUACAAUAUCUGCCACAUGCUGACUGGAUCAUAGCAAUGAAGGAUGGAAUGGUGCUUAGAGAAGGGACACUAAAGGAUAUCCAGAACAAGGAUAUUGAGCUCUAUGAACACUGGAAAACUCUGAUGAAUCGCCAGGAUCAAGAACUGGAAAAGGAUAUGGAAGCUGACCAGACUACUCUUGAGAGGAAAACCCUCCGAAGGGCCAUGUACCCCAGAGAAUCCAAAUCCCAGCUGGAAGAUGAAGAUGAGGAGGAAGAAGAGGAAGAGGAUGAAGAUGAUAAUAUGUCAACUGUCAUGAGGCUGAGGACAAAGAUGCCGUGGAAAACCUGUUGGAGAUACCUCACCUCUGGAGGAUUUUUCUUGCUCUUUCUGAUGAUUUUCUCCAAGCUGUUGAAACACUCAGUUAUAGUGGCCAUAGAUUACUGGCUUGCUACGUGGACAUCCAUGGACAACACAAAUGAAGCCAGGAACGCUGAUGAUGAUAAGACUUACCAUGUAGCUGUCUUCAGCAUCCUCUCGGGAGCUGGGAUUGUCCUUUGCCUCAUCACGUCACUGACUGUGGAGUGGAUGGGCCUCACAGCAGCCAAGAACCUACACCACAACCUCCUCAACAAGAUCAUCCUUGGACCCAUCAGGUUCUUCGAUAUGACUCCCUUGGGGCUAAUCCUAAAUCGUUUCUCUGCUGACACAAAUAUCAUCGACCAGCACAUCCCUCCUACGCUGGAGUCUCUUACCAGGUCCACCUUGCUCUGCCUGUCAGCCAUUGGAAUGAUCUCCUAUGCCACCCCAUGGUUCCUUGUUGCCCUCGUGCCUCUCGGGAUAGCCUUUUAUUUCAUCCAGAAAUACUUCAGAGUGGCUUCCAAGGACCUCCAGGAACUCGAUGACAGCACCCAGCUCCCUUUGCUGUGUCACUUCUCUGAGACAGCUGAAGGCCUUACCACCAUCAGAGCAUUUGGGCACGAAGCCAGGUUCAAACAGCGCAUGCUGGAACUGACGGACACGAACAACAUUGCCUACUUGUUUCUGUCGGCUGCCAACAGAUGGCUGGAGGUCAGGACGGAUUACCUUGGUGCCUGUAUUGUCCUGACUGCAGCUGUCACCUCCAUCACUGAAGGGCCCAACUCGGGAUUUGUGGGGCUGGGUCUCCUGUAUGCUCUGACAAUAACCAACUACCUGAACUGGGUGGUGAGGAACCUGGCUGAUCUGGAGGUGCAGAUGGGUGCAGUAAAGAAAGUACACAGCUUCCUGAACAUGGAGUCGGAGAACUAUGAAGGCUGCUUGGAUCCCUCUCAAGUCCCCAAAGACUGGCCCCAGGAGGGGGAAAUCAAGAUUGAAAAUUUGUGUGUUCGGUACGAAAACAACCUGAAGCCUGUUCUCAAGCACGUUAAGGCGUACAUCAAACCGGGACAAAAGGUUGGGAUCUGCGGUCGGACUGGCAGUGGCAAGUCCUCCCUGUCUCUGGCAUUCUUCAGGAUGGUGGACAUCUUUGAUGGGAGGAUAGUGAUCGACGGAAUAGACAUCAGCAAACUGCCUCUUCACACUCUCCGCUCCCGACUCUCCAUCAUUCUCCAGGAUCCAAUCCUGUUCAGUGGCUCCAUCCGCUUUAACUUGGAUCCAGAAUGCAAGUGCACUGAUGACAGACUCUGGGAAGCUUUGGAGAUUGCUCAGCUCAAGAACAUGGUCAAGUCAUUGCCUGGAGGCCUUGAUGCCAUGGUCACAGAAGGAGGAGAGAACUUCAGUGUGGGGCAAAGGCAGCUCUUCUGUCUGGCCCGGGCCUUUGUCCGCAAGAGCAGCAUUCUGAUCAUGGAUGAAGCCACAGCAUCCAUCGACAUGGCCACAGAGAACAUCUUGCAGAAGGUUGUGAUGACUGCGUUUGCAGACCGCACGGUUGUAACGAUAGCGCAUCGGGUUCACACCAUCCUCACUGCAGACCUGGUCAUCGUUAUGAAGAGAGGGAACAUCUUGGAAUAUGACACACCUGAGAACCUCCUUUCCCAGGAAGAUGGCAUCUUUGCUUCCUUUGUCCGGGCUGACAUGUGAAGAAAUCACAUGAUGCAAUUUAAUAGCUUAUUUUUAAACGAAUGAAAUGAGAAUAUUUUCUACUCAAUGUAACAUCACUUUUACCUUUUUUUUUGUCCUUUUUUUUUCAGAGAUUCUUUCUUCACACUUCGGUCUUCCAAAAUAAUAAAAUCUAUUGCAAUACAUGUAUGCCUUGAAGCAAUAAAAAUGUCACUUUCUUCAAAGCUUUCAAACUUCACACGCACACACACGCACACGCACACACAGAGGGAGGAGUUUUAGCUUCCUGGGAAUUUGGCAUUCUCCUUAGACUUUUUAUUGACUUUAUUGUCUUUUAUAGAGAGCAAAAGAAUGCACUGAUCUUAUAAAGUACAUAUGUUAGGUUGGAACUGGCGAUUGAAUCGUGCACUUUGUCAAGGAAGCGAGAGGUUCCCCAGAAGCUUUCUGUCCCCAGAGGGGAAAAACCGGGAAAAAAAUCCAACCCCAGAAGGCCUGGGGCAAUCUGCUGCAUUCCAAAGGCGUAAACUUUGCUCUCCAACUCGUAGUGCAGGAGCAGUGAAUGAGGGAAAGGAAUUUCAUCGGGAACAGGGAAAUUCUUCCUGUCCUUCACUCCAGUUAGCACACUCGAGUGGCGACAGCAUUUCAGUGCAAUGAUGGCUUAUUCCUACAGCCAGUUCUUCCUAAAUCCGUAUUAAUUCUGGCAGUUUUCAUCGACCAGAGAUUCAAAUCACCCUAAAACUAUGCAUGCUUUGAUAGGCUUGUAGAGGACUUUUGUACAGUGUCUCAAGAUUUUGUAUUAAAAUUCAUCUGAAUUUAUAAACUUGGUUUUAGCCAAUCUUUUAAUCGUGUCCAAUAAGAUAUUCUGCUUUAUUAGCCAACCACUGAUUGUUUUGUAUGUCUUUAGUCCUUCACAUUAUUUUUUUUUAAUCAUGGGAUAACCUUUUCCUUUACCCAUUUCUGGCACAUCUCUGCAUCAGAUCUAGUACAAGGAGGUAUGACUUUCAAUUUAUUACCAUACCUUGAAAAUUUAGGUGAAGUUAGAUAGGUAUUUACCUCAUAUAGUUUUGGAAAGGUCGCCUGCACUUGACUAAUGCACAUGGUUAAACCUUGACCUGUGUCAACUCCACAGAAACCUCCAGAAGGAGUUUCACACACAUAUUUUUCCAAGGCACAGUUGAGACAUCAGCUUCUGUAACAAUAUUCAAUGUGAUUCGUAUUCACCAAUUGCUGCAAGAUUUAGGAAGACCACCAGAUGCACUUAAGCCUAUUUUUAGUGCAAUUAAAAUAACAUAAGACACAGUAUUUGGCCCAAAGAAAAUGCAAUGAAUUUUGGGGAAGUUGUAGGACUUAAAAUGGGAUUACACUUAGUCUGGUAGCGCAAUAAUUGUACAGUGUUUUAUCUCUUUUACUGAUUUUUGGAGGGUUUUUUUCCCCUCUAACUGUUGGAAAUAAAAGCUGUGGGACACAACUAAACAAAGAAGCUCAGUCUUGAACAAUUUAUGAGGGGAAGUACUUCUGUGAUUUCCCUGUCUACCGCUGUGAAAAGUUUUUCUUCUUUCCUGAUUAAUUCCCUGUGUUGACCUUUGUCAUACAAAUAAAAUAAACUAAAUAAACAAGCAGAUGUUUGCAGCAGAAGCACAUAUUGUUACCCAAAUUUCACAACCAGAAGACUAAAAUAAUUCUUGAUUUAAUUUCACUGCCUUCAGUGAAAAGCUAACUGGAUCCAUAGCUGUCAGACUCAGCCAGUGUGAAAUACAAAAAACUUUGUUUAUCUGCGUAUCUUUGGUGAUGAUGCAAUCCUGGUUUAUUUUAAGUAAUGCCAACUAACUCAGUGAGAUCCCAGUUCCCACUGCAUUAAAUACUUACCAUGGGCCUGGGAUUGUGUGAGGUGUCUUGUGGUAUUUAAGAGGGGCCAAUAAUUAGCACCUCUUUGGCCUUACAUUUGUCCCAGAGCCAUUGCAGGUGUAAGAAGCAACUUCCUUGCUCAUCCGGAGCUGUAGAAGUUGAUGCUGCUGUUUAAACACAUCGAAAACAUAUUAUGGGAUGAGAAAAACCUACCAGCCUGAUUCCUUCAUUCUGGGGGAGGAGAGCAGGAAUACUGGCCCUGCUGUCAGGUUAACCAUGGUCAAAGUGUUUGGUGAGCAGGUUUAAAAGCACAGCCUGAUUUCUAAAGCAGUUAAUUCUAUUCAGAAUACACAAAC